AUGAGUGUUUUAUCAGAAGAUACCAAGACCCAGUCAAGAAAGGCACUCAAGUCGCUAAUAUCCCAUGAAAGAAAUGAGAAAGGGGACUUGAAACAAACGAUAUACUUGAUCAUCAACACAGAUAAACCCUUAGCUAAACAAACAGACCAUGUUCCAAGAAUAAUACCCAUUCCUAAUAGAAUAUCCAAAUCCACAGAUAAUUCUAUCUUACUGGUCACAAAAGAUCCUUCAACUCCAUAUAGAGAACCAUUAACAUGUAAAAAUUCACCAACAGAAGAUUUAUUCAAUGAAAUAAUGCCAUUGAAGAAACUGAGAAUAAUAAGUAAAUCAAAGAAAUCAUUGAAAAAAUUAUAUCAUGAAUAUGAUUUGAUUGUUUGUGAUCAUAGAAUUCAUCAUCUUUUACCAUCUGUUCUUGGUGAACAAUUUUUCAAAGGUCACAAGAAAGUUCCAUACAUGUUACAAAUGUCUAAACCUGAUCCAUCAGCACAACCAGUCAAGAAACAAGACCGUGUUGAAACUUGUGAUGCUAAAUAUGUUAGAGAUCAAAUCAGAUCAAUCUGUAAAAAUACAAGUUUUAUACCUAAUAAAGAUACUACAAUAAGUAUUAAAAUUGGAUGGACCGAUACAGAGGAUAUUGAUAAAUUGAUAACAAACAUUUUUGCCGUUGUGGAAUUUCUCAAGAAUCCUAAAUUUCAACCAAUUGGUGGAUUAUUGAAAUAUAAUAAUCAAAUUAAAGGUAUGUUUGUGAAGACUAAUGAGAGUAUCAGUUUACCAAUCUACAAAAGAGAAGAUUGA